AUGCUUCGUCUCCGCCGAUACAGAGUCUUUGUGGUCUUCGCCAUCAUAAGCGUUGUCGUUUUUAUUCAUUUCUCCCGGGUCCGAUAUUGGACUUCAACCCUACCGCUCUCUAACAAAUCCGGGCAGCAGAAGAUACCUCCUCCACCUCCAGCGGCUUCUCCCGCCAAAUCCCCCCCGCUCAUCCAUACAAAAACAGCAGAUAAUGGUGCUGGCGCUCAUGGCUUCGCCCCAGAAUCUACUACAACAACAGUCGGCAGCCGGAUACCUGUGCCAGCAGCUACUCCGCUAUCCAAUCUGCAACCAGGAGAUAAGACAUCCGUUUCUAAUUCUCGGCAGACAGAGUCACCGAAAUUAAAUUCGCAGAAAACACGCCCUUCUCCAUUCGAGGAGGAUGAGGUUGGACACCAAGGUGAGGGGAUGUUAGAUGUUGGUGGCUUCAACAGGGGUAAUGAUAGAUGGGAGAAGCAACCUGAACAUUUUCCCGUUGCUCCUGAGGACAUCAUCAAGCUACCUCAGGAUCCAAAAAGGCUCCCCAAGGUUCAAUUCGAAUUUACCAAUGAGUCUCAAGUUGCCAAAAGGGAUCGCGAGUUGAAACUGGCUGCGGUUAAAGAGUCGUUCAACCAUUCAUGGUCAAGUUAUAGAGCAUUGGCCUGGGGCCACGAUGAGCUGCGUCCUGUUUAUGGUGGAUAUCGUGAUCCGUUUUCGGGAUGGGGCGCUACUUUGGUAGAUGCAUUGGAUACUCUCUGGAUUAUGGACAUGAAGGAGGAGUUUGAUGAGGCCGUGGAAGCUGUAAAGAAAAUUGAUUUCGCUACAAGCACAAGGGAAGAUAUCCCUCUGUUCGAAACGGUGAUUCGUUACCUAGGUGGCCUCCUUGGUGCUUAUGAUAUCUCUGGAGGGAAGUACCAGGUGCUGGUCGAUAAGGCAAUUGAGCUUGCAGAGAUCCUGAUGGGAGCUUUUGAUACUCCUAAUCGAAUGCCCGUUACUUACUAUUACUGGACACCGGAAUAUGCGUCGCAACCACACCGUGCCAGUACUAGAGCUGUACUCGCGGAAAUUGCCUCGUUAUCGCUUGAAUUCACCCGAUUGGCACAGAUCACCGGGGAAGCUAAAUACUACGAUGCCAUCGCACGAAUCACCAACGAACUCGAAAAGUUCCAAGAGAAGACAAAGCUACCAGGGCUAUGGCCAACACUUAUAGAUGCCUCUGGCUGUAAAAAGAUUUCUAGACUUACACAGCAACCUGAUGAAUUACCCGUCGAUACAGGACCUCCCGUACUCCCCAAAGUGAGCUUGCCGGAGAGGCAAAUCCAGAAGAGGGAAGAGAUAGAUCCUCUGUUUAUUGAUGCACAGCCUGCCGACUAUAACGUAAAGCCUGGUUCGCAUCCUCUGCCGAACGCCGUCUCCAAGUCCAGCUCGGGUGAUGACUCGUCUCAGGGGAAGCCCGAUUCCCAGAGUAAAAAUGAUUGCGAACCCCAAGAUCUCACAUCCUCUCCCAAUUCGCUUGAACAGAUAUUUACACUGGGUGGUCUUGCGGACUCCGCCUAUGAAUACUUACCCAAAGAAUAUGCCCUGUUGGGUGGUGCCAGCAAUCAGUAUCGCACCAUGUACCAAAAGUCCAUGGAUACGAUCAGGAAAUAUCUUCUGUUCACGCCCAUGGUGCCAGACAAGCGGGAUAUUAGAUUUGUCGCUUCUGCGUCGUCUGAGGAGCCUCCAGCUGAAAAGAGUGAUUUUAAGUAUAAGUACGAAGGGAGUCAUUUGGCAUGUUUUACAGGUGGCAUGUUUGCUCUUGGCGCAAAACUCUUCGGGAUCCAAAGUGACAUUGAGAUUGCCUCUAAACUGACCGAUAGUUGCGUUUGGGCAUAUGAGUCUACCACCACAGGCGUCAUGCCGGAAAGCUUCGAGAUGGUAGCCUGUGAAUCCCUAGAACCCUGUGAAUGGAACCAAACAAGAUAUUACGAUGUGCUGGAUCCGUUCGAAGCGUACCGAAGAGCUCAACAUGAGAAAUACGUUGCGCAUAAAGCACAACUCAUUGUUGAUACAAGCUCCAACAGCACUGGCGCUGAACCCGAACCGCAAAUCGCGCAGCCUGCUCCACAACCCGCCGAUAUGAAGAGGGUCGACGCGGACAAACUUGCCAAACGACAAGUUCCUGGUCCAGCACCGACUGCAGCCCCCAGCUUGCGUCCCAGACCAGCUGCAACGCUUUUGGAGGUACCGGAGGAACCCAAAUUUCUCUCUCAUAAGGAGUUCGCUGAGGAGGUCAUCAAGGAGGAACGGCUUCCUCCCGGUUUCACCAGCAUCUCGUCUCGGAAGUACAUUCUUCGCCCGGAAGCAAUCGAGUCUGUGUUCAUCAUGUACCGCGUUACGGGAGAUAACUCUUGGAGAGAGAAAGGUUGGAAGAUGUUUCAGGCCAUUAAAAGCGCGACGAGAACGGAGCUUGCGAAUUCUGCUAUCAAGGAUGUCACGAGCAAGGCGCCCAUGUUCAUGAAUGAAAUGGAGUCGUUCUGGUUUUCGGAGACGCUCAAGUAUAGUUACUUGCUGUUUAGUAAUCCGGCGCUUGUUAGUUUGGAUGAAUAUGUGCUCAACACUGAAGCACAUCCAUUGAAACGUCCAUUACCACAACAACAUUAA